AUGAAAUUCUCCACCGUAUACAUUGCCUUUUCCACAUUCGUUGCUUCAUCAUUGGCAUCUUCACCUCCGUCCUCAGACGAGUUAAAGAUUGAUAUCCUCAACCAAGUUGAAUGUAAACGUAAAUCACAAAAAGGCGACACCAUAUCAGUCCACUACAAAGGUACAUUAGAAGAUGGGACUAAGUUCGAUAGUUCGUGGGACCGUGGAAUCCCCUUACCUUUUGUAAUUGGUCAAAAUCAAGUUAUUACAUGUUGGGAAGAAGGGUUAUUGGAUAUGUGUAUUGGCGAAAAGAGAAAAUUGUGGUGCCAUCCAAGUAUUGCUUAUGGUGAGCGUGGUAUUGGACCUAUUCCGCCUAAUGCUGCUUUGAUUUUUGAAACUGAGUUGGUUGAUAUUGCUGGAGUUAAGAAAGAGGAAGAGGGAGAGGAAGAAAAGAAAGAUGCGAAGGGAGAUGAUGAGGAGAUUGAGAGAGAUGAAUUGUAA